AUGUCGGACACGUUGAGUAAGAUUGAGGAUGUGCAAGCGCGCAUCCACAAGCAACACCGUAUGAUUGAGGGUUUCCAGGCCCUCAGGAAUGCGACACCGAACCAGGAUGUGAUUAGGCAGGCGGAGUCCAACAUCCGGAACUCCCAGCAGACCAUUUCCUAUCUCGAGGAGAGCCUGCAGUCGCUGCAGACCCGCAGCUCGGUCGACGGCGGCGCGCCGUCAAUGGUUUCGACGCAGCUGCCGAGCACGCAGCCAUCGCGUGCGAGCCUUGCGUCGGGCGACACGGUGACGCCGGACACGUCGGUGAUGUCCGGCUCCUCGCGCCGCCUGUCGGGGCAGCCGAUGCCCGGAUACCCGAUCGACAGCAGUGCUGCGUAUCGCGCUGGAGCGCUCAAUACGUUUGGCGUGCCCGGGAGUGUGCCGGAUGCGCCUGCCCCCGCAGAUGUUGCGCCGCUGAACCGCGACACGACAGCCGCGCGUCGCAACUAUACAAACCUGGACCUGAUCAAGUACGACACGCCCCUUACGAGCGCCAAGAUCUCGCGCAUGGUGAACCAGCUCGAGCACAAGCUGCAGCUGGAGAAGCAGUAUAAGCAAGGCUUUGAAAAGAUCGCCAAGCUAUACCAGGCCGAAGGCGACCGCCGCAGCCACAGCGAUGCCGAGAGCCGUUACGCCGAGAGCGCCAGCAAGAUGGUGCUUAUCCAGCAGGCGCUCAAGCGCUACAAGCAGCUCGAUGUGAUGAACGAAGCACAGAACGUCGAGAAUCCGUAUGCGAACCGCCGCGCGCGCAAGCCCCAGACGGGUACGCUCAGUGUCUCGAUCAAGGCGGUGAAGGACGUCGACCAUGCACCGAUCCCCAGCGGUGUGCGCAGCGUGCGUGAAUCGUACGUCGCGCUCAAGAUCGAGGACACGGAGCGCGUGCAGACGCACAUGUCGCGCGUCGACCAGUGGAACGAAGACUUCCGGCUGCCGGUCGACAAUGCGAACGAGAUCGAGCUCGUGGUGUACGACCGCGUGGGCUCUACGCAGCCCGUACCGGUCGGCUUGGUCUGGAUCAAGAUCUCGGACGUGGUCGAGCAGCUGCGCAAGAAAAAGUUUGGCCAGGUCGGCGGCCCAGAAGGCAGCCCGUCGCUUCCCGCGCCGAAUGGCCAGGGCGGCGAGUGGGUGACGGCGGACCGCAUGCGCCAGGAGCCCUCUGCACCGGUGCAGGGCUCGGGCAGCGACGCGUUUUACAACACGCCCGCCGGCCAGCUGGUCUCGACGACCCCCGUCGACUCGGGCGUCGAUGGCUGGUUCGCCGUCGAGCCGACCGGUGCCAUCCUCCUGACCCUCAACUUUGUGAAGCAAAACGUGCAAAAGCGCCCGUACGACGCGCGCCUCGGGCGCCAGGGUGCGCUGCGCAAGCGCCGCGACGAGGUGUCUGAGGUCAACGGCCACAAGUUUGCCCCCCGCCAGUUCUACCAGAUGAUCCGCUGUGCGCUCUGUGGUGAGAUCUUGCUCAAUGCGGCCGGCAGCCAGUGCCAGGACUGCAACUAUACGUGCCACCGCAAGUGCGCGCAAAAGGUCGUCACCAAGUGCAUCAGCAAGAGCAACCUCGAAUCCGACCGCGACGAGAUGAAGCUCAACCACCGUAUCCCUCACCGCUGGGAGCCGUUUACGAACCUCGGCGCAAACUGGUGCUGCCACUGUGGCUACAUGCUGCCGCUCGGCCGCCGCACGAACCGCAAGUGCCAGGAGUGCGACCAGACGUGCCACGCGGACUGCGCGCACCUCGUCCCCGACUUUUGCGGCAUGUCGAUGGAGAUGGCGAACCAGCUGUUGAGCAACAUUGCGACGAUCAACAAGGACCGCCAGACGAACCGCUCGCCGAUGCACAAGACACCCGCCGAGGCCGCAGCGACACUGCCGAUCGCACAGACGCCCCCGGCCAUGCAGGCCGAGCGCACGAGCGCUCCGCACACGCCGGCGCCGCGCCCCCUCGCUCAGGACAUGCAGGCCAUGAACCUGGGCCCCUCGGGCACGGGCACGGCGACGCCCGCCGUUGCCGUGACGCCGCCCGCACCGAUGCCGCAGCCGUCGCCCGGCAGCGCGACGUCUGUCAAGCCGCCUCGUCCGCUGCCCCAGCCCGCGCCCGCGCCGCAGCCCGUCGCGCCGGUGGCUCAGGCGCCGGCCGCGCGCGUGCCGCUGCCGACCGCGCCUGUCGCGGCGCCCGCGGCCGCUGCGCCGAUCGUGCCUGCGGUCGCGCAGAGCAGCGGCAUGGUCGCGUCGCCGCACAAGGUCGUGCAGCAGGCCACUGCCCCGCCCGCGUCGAGCACCUCGCCGAUGCCUGUCUCGUCGCAGCGCAAGGUUACGCUGAAUGAUUUCAACUUCCUCUCUGUGCUCGGUAAAGGUAACUUUGGCAAGGUCAUGCUUGCCGAGGAGAAGCAGACUGGCAGCCUCUUUGCCAUCAAGGUGCUCAAGAAGGAGUUUAUUAUCGAGAACGACGAAAUCGACAGCACCCGCUCCGAGAAGCGCGUCUUUUUGACGGCGGCGCGCGAGAAGCACCCCUUCCUGCUUGGCUUGCACUCGUGCUUCCAGACCGAGACACGCGUCUACUUUGUGAUGGAGUACGUGAGCGGCGGUGAUCUCAUGUUGCACAUCCAGCGCGAGCAGUUCAACUUGCACCGCGCCAAGUUCUAUGCCGCCGAGGUGCUGCUGGCACUCGAGUACUUCCACAAGCACGGUAUUAUCUACCGCGACCUGAAACUGGACAACAUCAUGCUUACGCUCGAUGGCCACGUCAAGAUUGCCGACUAUGGUCUGUGCAAGGAAGGCAUGUGGUACGGAAACACAACGAGCACCUUCUGUGGUACGCCCGAGUUUAUGGCGCCCGAGAUUCUGCUCGAGCAGCGCUACGGCCGUGCGGUCGACUGGUGGGCGUUUGGUAUUCUGCUCUACGAGAUGCUCCUCGGCCAGGCGCCGUUCCGCGGCGAUGACGAGGACGAGAUCUUUGACGCAAUUCUCGAGGACGAGCCGCUGUACCCCAUCCAGAUGCCGCGCGAGUCGGUCUCGCUUCUGCAGCGCCUCCUUACGCGCGACCCCUCGCGCCGUCUGGGUGCGGGCCCCUCGGACGCCGAGGAAGUCAAGGCGCAUCCCUUCUUCCGCGACAUCAACUGGGACGAUCUGCUGCACAAGCGCGUCCCCCCGCCCUUCUGUCCGACACUGAAGAACGCAAGCGACACUACAUGGUUCGACACCGAGGACCAGGCCGAGUUCCGCGACUUUUCUUGCGUUCGCGACGUCGACGCAGCGCAGUUCAUCAACGCCUAUGCCCAGCACCUGAAGCGGUCCGGCAAGCUCGAGAUCCCCACCUGGGUCGACAUUGUCAAGACCGGUGCUUACAAGGAGCUCGCUCCUUACGACCCUGACUGGUACUACGUGCGCGCUGCCGCUCUCGCGCGCCACGUUUAUCUGCGCAAGUCGGUCGGUGUCGGCGCUCUCCAGAAGCUCCACGGUGGCCCCAAGAACCGCGGCACCCGCCCGUCGCACCACAGCCCCGCCUCGGGCUCGGUGCAGCGCAAGGUGCUGCAGAGCCUCGAGCAGAUUGGUGUGCUCGAGCACAACCCCAAGGGCGGCCGCCGCAUCUCCCAGGACGGUAUGCGUGACCUUGACCGUAUCGCUGUUGCCGUGCUCGAGUCUCAGCGCGAGGAGGAGGAUGAGGAGGACGAGGAUGAGGACGAGGAUGAGGACGAGGAGGACGACGAGUAA